CUGCAGUCUGUUUAAUGGUUUGGAAGCUUAGGAGUUGCGUCAGAGAAGAGUUUCUCGUGUUGGGGGGAGAAAAGCGAUAAUUAUUUUGUUUUUGUGAGUUCCAACUCUCGUUUAUGUUGGUUCGGGGUUUUUCUUUAACAUAAAAGACUCAACUUCUACUGUCAGAGUAUUUGGUUGAAAGUUUACGCUAUUCGUCGGAGAAACUUUCCACAGAAGUGCCAACGACCGGGAAGCGUGUGUCAGGAUGGCCCAGUGGAACCAGUUACAGCAGCUGGAGACCAGGUAUCUGGAGCAACUCUAUCACCUUUACAGCGACAGCUUCCCGAUGGAGCUACGGCAGUUCCUUGCCCCAUGGAUUGAGAGUCAGGACUGGGCCUAUGCCGCCAACAAGGAAUCACACGCCACGCUGGUGUUCCACAACCUCCUAGGAGAAAUAGACCAGCAGUAUAGCCGUUUCCUGCAGGAGAACAAUGUGCUCUACCAGCAUAACCUACGCAGGAUUAAACAGCAUCUGCAAAGUAAAUAUCUGGAGAAGCCGAUGGAAAUUGCCCGCAUUGUUGCUCGCUGUUUGUGGGAAGAACAAAGACUGCUGCAGACUGCCACCUCUACUACACAGGAUGGCCAAGCAGCCCAUCCCACUGGAACUGUAGUGACAGAAAAGCAGCAAAUAUUAGAACACAACCUUCAGGACAUCAGAAAGCGUGUGCAGGAUAUGGAACAGAAGAUGAAAAUGCUUGAAAACCUGCAGGAUGAUUUUGACUUUAACUACAAAACCUUAAAAAGCCAAGGAGAGUUGUCCCAGGACCUCAAUGGUAAUAGCCAGGCAGCUGCAACAAGACAGAAGAUGGCUCAGCUGGAGCAAAUGCUUAGCGCCCUGGACCAGCUCAGGAGGCAAAUUGUGACAGAGAUGGGAGGCCUCCUGACAGCCAUGGAUUAUGUGCAGAAGAAUCUAACUGAUGAGGAACUGGCAGACUGGAAGAGAAGGCAGCAAAUUGCCUGUAUUGGAGGUCCACCUAACAUUUGCCUCGAUCGCCUUGAAACAUGGAUCACAUCCUUGGCGGAGUCCCAGCUCCAGAUCCGUCAACAGAUUAAGAAACUGGAGGAGCUUCAACAGAAAGUGUCCUACAAGGGAGACCCCAUCAUUCAGCACCGGCCAGCUUUGGAGGAGAAGAUUGUGGACCUGUUCAGAAACCUCAUGAAGAGUGCCUUUGUGGUUGAAAGACAGCCUUGUAUGCCCAUGCAUCCAGACAGACCACUGGUCAUCAAAACAGGAGUGCAGUUCACAACAAAAGUCAGGUUGCUUGUAAAGUUUCCUGAACUCAAUUACCAACUCAAGAUUAAAGUUUGCAUUGACAAAGAAUCUGGGGAUGUUGCUGCAGUUAGAGGGUCUCGAAAGUUUAACAUCCUCGGUACCAACACAAAGGUCAUGAACAUGGAGGAAUCCAACAACGGCAGCCUUUCAGCAGAGUUUAAACACUUGACCCUGCGAGAACAGAGGUGUGGCAACGGUGGCCGGACCAAUAGUGAUGCCUCCCUCAUUGUAACAGAGGAACUCCAUCUUAUCACUUUUGAGACAGAAGUCUAUCACCAGGGCCUGAAGAUAGAUCUGGAGACUCAUUCUCUGCCAGUAGUGGUCAUUUCGAACAUCUGUCAGAUGCCCAACGCCUGGGCCUCCAUUCUGUGGUACAACAUGCUCACCAAUCACCCGAAGAACGUGAACUUCUUCACCAAGCCUCCGGUGGGAACCUGGGACCAGGUGGCUGAGGUGUUGAGCUGGCAGUUCUCUUCAACCACUAAGAGGGGUCUGACCAUUGAGCAACUGACCACACUGGCUGAGAAGUUACUUGGACCUUGCGUAAACUAUUCUGGAUGCCAAAUAACAUGGGCCAAGUUCUGUAAGGAAAACAUGGCUGGCAAGGGCUUCUCCUUCUGGGUGUGGCUGGACAACAUCAUUGACCUGGUGAAGAAGUAUAUCCUCGCUCUGUGGAACGAAGGAUACAUCAUGGGUUUUAUCAGUAAGGAGAGGGAGAGAGCCAUUCUGAGUCCAAAGCCUCCUGGCACAUUUCUUCUGCGCUUCAGUGAGAGCAGCAAAGAGGGCGGCAUUACAUUUACAUGGGUAGAGAAAGACAUUGGAGGAAAGACACAGAUUCAGUCAGUAGAGCCCUACACCAAGCAGCAGCUCAGCAGCAUGUCAUUUGCAGACAUCAUCAUGAGCUACAAGAUCAUGGAUGCCACCAACAUUCUGGUUUCACCUCUUGUUUAUCUCCAUCCUGAUAUCCCCAAAGAGGACGCGUUUGGAAAAUACUGCAGGCCAGAGGCAGCUCAUGAACCUGAGAUGGCAGGAGACUCGACGAGCACUAUCCAGCCAUACUUGAAGACAAAGUUCAUCUGCGUGACCCCGUGUCCCUCCGUGUUCAUGGACUUGCAAGACAGUGAGCUGCUUGGGAACGGAUUCCCAGGCACAAACUCUGGAAACACCAGUGACCUGUUCCUCAUGUCACCUCACACCCUCGACUCUCUGAUGCCCGGCGAAGUUGAAGCUAAUCAAGGGCAUUUGGACUCAAUUACUCUGAACAUGGAUGUAGCAUCUCCCAUGUGAAAGCAAGUAUCACCCUCUGUUUUUCUUUUUCUCCCUUUUGUGGGGAUUUGACCUUUUUAUGUGUGAGGAUCUACUAAUGAUUUAUUGCUCUCCGUACACACAGUCUGCUUGUAUAGUUUUUCUUGUUCCUGUGUAAAAUUACUCACAAUCAACUUUAAAAAAAUGUUUUAUUUUCAUUUUAAAGCAAGGUCUGCCUAUAAAUUUGAGUCAUUUUGUGUGUAAACCCUAUUGUUUCUUUAAGGCAACAGUUUUCCUUCUUAUUUGUGAAAGUAUAUGAAAACAUACAUAGGGAAAUUUAUUUUUAUUCUGUUUAUUGACAUUUUAAAUGGUUUCUGUUUUUGUGGAAUAGGUAGAUGUAUGAGAUUAUUUUGGUAUAAGCUAUGUGCUGCUUUGAAAUUGUGUUGGAUUAAAUGCAUUUUUUUUACUUCUUUAAAAUGACCCUAUAAUGAAUUAUGUCUGAUUGGCUUCUCUUCGGCUACAUCAGGGUUUGUUUAUCUUUUUUUGACACAAUGAAAUAUUUCUGGUAUUUCUUAGAGGCCUCUCAGAUUUUAUAAUGGUGAACAAGAAAAAAAGAGUAAAAUAUUUCUGCCAAUUUAAAAGGUCAUUUCUGAGCUUUUCUUCACUUAUAGGGUGAGGUAAAAUGUGUAUUUUAAGUAUGGCACAGUUUUCCCACUAAAAUACUGUAAGAUGUGAUCAUGUUAAUGGGGUUGGCAUUUAAAAUCAGCAUUUUAUUAUUUUUGUUGCAUUGGAACUGGUAUGAUCAGUCAUUAAAUGAGUCAUUUAUUACCAAUUAAAUAUGUUUCACAAAAUGCA